AUGUCAACAUAAACUGGAGUUUAUUCAAAUUAUUAAAAUACAACAGACGAGCAAGUAAAUGAGGUUUGGAUUCUUGUGUCAGCUGCUUUUAUAUUAUUGAUGCAAAUAGGAACAGGCCUUUUUAAUGCAGGAAGUUCCUAAUAGAAAAGCCAUUAGAGUAUAUUCGCAAUGAAAUUGUUUGAGGCCUGCCUAGGCACUAUAGGCUUCUGGUUAUUUGGUUAUGGCUUAGCUUUUGGGAAAGUUAGGAAAUACUAUGGAGAUGACUCAGAUUACUUUGUUUCAAGGGGUUUUGAAAAAGUAUCAGAGGACAAUUACACACUAUUCAUGUUUCAAGUUGCUUUCUCUUUAGCUUCAACAACCAUGAUAUCUGGUAGUAUGGCUGAGAGAGCACAGCUUCCCUAAUAAAUACUUUUUACUUUUCUUGAAUAAUCAUUUAUUUACCCUGUAGUUAUUGCUUGGGUGUGGGGAGGAGGAUGGCUUGCUCAAAAUGGUUAUCAUGAUUUUGCUGGGAGUGGAUGUAUUCAUGUCCUAGGAGGUACUUGUGCACUAGUAGGAUCCGCUGUGCUCGGACCACGUCUUAAUCGAUUCAAAAUUUAUACAAUUGAUGAUCUAAUUUAAAAAGAAAAGAAUCUUAUGGAUGAUACUCUUCAAGCAAAUCCAAUAAUUAAGUUUAAGCCUGCUAAAUUAACCAAGAAAAAACAGAAGCUUAAUGAUUCAUACUUCGAAAAUGGUCACAUAGUUCAUAUAAUGAGGUCACUAAGCGAUAAAAAUAAACAAAGAUUUAAAAAAUGGAUUCUCGAUUACAAGUUUAAUUUUACUCCAAGCAACACAGCUUAUUUGACACUUGGAACCUUUAUAAAUUGGAUAGGAUGGUUAUUCUUUAAUGCAGGUAGUACACUUUCAGUUCAAACAAUGAGAAAUAGUGGACCUUCAAAAAUAAUGUUCAACACUAUACUUGCAUCAUCUGUGUCAGGACUAGUAGUUGUCUUUUUGAAGCCCCAUUUCUUAAGAAAUUAUACAAAGCUUUAUUAAUAUGAUGUUGGCUAAUUUUGUAAUGGAAUCUGCGCAGGUCUCAUUAGUAUCACUGCACCAUGUGAUUGCGUAGAACCUUGGGCAGCAAUUUUGAUUGGAUUUAUCGGUGGCCUUUUCUUCAUUUUUGGAAGUAUGAUCUUGAUUGCCUUUAAAGUUGAUGACCCAGUAGAUGCUAUUCCGUGCCAUUUUUUCGCAGGCAUAUGGGGUGUAUUAGCUGUUGGUAUUUUUCAUAGAGAAACUGGAUUGGUAAAUUCUGAGUAUGCUGAGAGAUUUCACUUUUUAGGUUGGUAAAUUGCUUCUUUACUAUCUAUUAUUGCAUGGGCUGGUGGAAUAAGUUUAAUUUAUUUCUUAAUAGCUAGAAGAUUAAAACUUCUCAGGGUCCAUCCAUUGGUUGAAAUUAUAGGAUUAGAUCGGGCUUAUUUUGGAGGUUUGACUAAAAAAGAUCUUAAAAUGCUUAAAGACAGAUAUAGUAUAGGUAAAACAGAUGAAAAACUAAGGCAAAUUUGGAAGCUAACUGCUCUUGACAACAAUAGUAAUUCAGGCUCCUCAAGAUCUAAUUCUUCAUCUCUAAGAGAUGGUAUCACUAAAAUCAAAUAAAGACACAACUCCACUCUCAGUUCUAGAUUCAAUUAUGCAAACGAAUUAUAGGUACUUAAUCUUGAUGAUAAUCAAAAAUGA